AUGCAAACCACAGAGAGAACAGCCGCUCACAGGUCUGAUUGGGCCUGGAUCCAGGAGCACACACCCAACACAGCCUACAAAGCCUGGGGCUCAGCCUGCUGCGCAGAGCAGGGCGUGCAGCGGUGCGGCCAACCUCCCCACAGCGUCCACCGUGUGAAUUUACGCAGUGUCCCACCGCAGGUUCCCCACCCUGGCAGGACCAGCCUGGAUUACUACAGGAAUGACAGCACAGGGAUGUCCAUCACUGGGAGCCCCGCCAACGACACAGAGCUGAUGUGUGACAGGAGGCAGGUCUGGCAGUUUGCUCGUGCCUUCUUGCCCACGUUUUUCUGGCUCAUCUUCUUUGUGGGCACAGUGGGAAAUGCCUUGGUUGUUCUCAUCUACUGCAAAUACCGCUUCAGGAGGAGCAUGAUGGACCGCUACCUGCUGCACUUGGCUGUUGCAGAUCUGCUCCUCCUUUUUACCCUCCCUUUCUGGGCCACGGCUGCCUCCAGUGGAUGGAUCUUCAGAAAUUUCAUGUGCAAAGUCGUCAAUAGCAUGUACAAGAUCAACUUCUACAGCUGCAUCUUGUUUCUAACAUGCAUCAGUUUUGACAGGUACAUCACCAUUGUUCAAGCAACAAAAGCUAAAUCUUCCAAGAAAAGGCGGAUCCUGCGCAGCAAACUCGUGUGCAUGGCUGUCUGGCUGGCAUCUGUCAGCCUGUGCCUCCCUGAGAUCAUGUACAGCCAGAGCAAGCAGAUCGGUGCUGUGACGGUCUGCAAAAUGACGUACCUGCCCAACGUUGGCAUGGCCUUCAGAGUUGCCGUCCUGGCUCUGAAAGUCACUAUAGGCUUCUUCCUCCUGCUUCUGGUCAUGGUUAUUUGCUACACCCUGAUCAUCCACACCCUCCUCCAAGCCAAAAGAUGCCAAAAGCAGAAGUCAUUAAAGAUCAUCAUCAUGAUCAUCACUGCCUUUCUCCUCUCUCAGUGCCCAUACAACAUUGUUUUGCUGAUCAAGACCAUCAACAUGUACACCGGGGCGGUGUACAGCUGCCAGACCAUCAACGGGCUAGACACUGGUCUGCAGGUCACCCAGAGCAUCGCCUUCCUCCACAGCUGCCUCAACCCCUUCCUCUAUGUCUUUGCCGGGGAGCGCUUCAGGAUGGCACUGGCCAGGAUGGUGCAGAGCACUGGCUGCUACUGGCUUGGAGGCCAGGAGCAGUGCUCCUCCUUGGGUGACAGCCAGGACCACAGCUCCAACUGGUCCUUUGCCAUGCUGGGGCGGCGGCGGGUGAGGAACUCACUCACCCUCAGCACCCAUUUGGCCUCCUCUGUUGUUCCUGCCUCGUCCCAAAUCCUUGUGUAAGCCAGUGUCUCCUGAGGGGUAUCUAGUAUGUCCUUUCAGACGUCGUUCCUGCACCCUGAAGAUUGCCUUGGAGGAGGGCUGGCCUCCGUGGUUGUGUCCAGGACUAAGCAGGGACACUGAGGGCCCUACAUGUGCCUUCUUUGUGCCCUGCCAAGCCAGACCAGGCCUCGCUCACGUAGGGAAGUGAAACCUUCAGCACCAUGCAGCAAAAUGGAGCCAGGCAUGUUGUGAGCCAAGCUGAUGAAGGAUAAGAGCUAUCUCUGAGGCAGCUCUUAGAACCCAUCCAUGGCUCAAAACACAGCCCAAACAGCAAACCUCUCAGGAAAGCCAUGAGCAGCAUGCAAGGAUGAACCAUCUUCCCAUCCAUGGGGAGCAGUGAGAAGGAGCUGGGCCCUUGCUGCAGGCCAGCUCCACGAUAACUCAAUUUUUGGCCAUUGCCUGGUUUCAGAAAGUGAAGGCUGUUCCCUGCACACAUGGACACAAUGCUGCUUUGUGGGACAGGCAAAGGAAAGCUAAUAUUCUGUACUCACUACAGAAUUAAAUCCUUCUCCUGUAUUUUAGCUCUUUGAUGUAAGAAUUCAAGGCCAUUGGAUGCUCUGAGUUUUCUGUCCCUGAGCACUCAAACCCCAAACCGACGAUUCAACAAACCAUCAAUUAUGAGCUGGUACCUUUGCAAUGACGACAAAAGACGUUUAACCCAGAACUGAUGAGACAGAGAGUCGUAAGACCUCAAACCCAUCGUUAGCAACAUUUUGGUUGAGAUGCUCCUCCUGGGGCUGGUGGGGUACAAGGUGCGUGUAGGUGGGAGCUGCAGCAAGCCUAAGUUUCUUGGGAACUGGGAAGGGCCGACAUUGGCACCAGAAGAGCAUGGGAGCUCUGCGGUACCACAAGGCUCCCAGCAAUCCCAAUUCCCACCCCCGGCACCGCUGAGUUUAUGCUGCUUGUUUUAGUGCUCAGGAGGCUUUCUUGUAAAUAACCAAUUUUAAUCAUCUGCUUUGGCAUUAGGUGACUAUCAGUCAUUAAAGCAUCUUGGUAAACACCGCUUUUCUGCAAGGCUUGGCACUGCUUUCCUAACUAACACAGUAAAUCUGGGGAUCUACUUUGAUAUACAUUUUUUGAGGGCUUUUUACCGUUUUUCUUUUUUUUCCUUAGAGAAAUAAAUGCUGAAAGAGAUGUGCAUUUUUUCCUGUAUGUGUAAAGGCGGCAUUUGUGAUUUGCGUGGAGCUCAAAUGGAGAAGAAGCUGAAAUUCCCUUCAGUAAAGCACUGUCACGUACACCUGGGGAUGGACUGGUGAUGUCUUUGCCUACAAGCCUGCUCCAUCUUUAUGUCCAUACCCCCGAUCUGUUUCCUCCCGUGUCUGAGGAAAAGCAGCCACCCUAUGUUUGCAAUUUCCAGUAACUGACAGCAGACACACGGCAAACACUGAAGUACCCA